GGAGUCACUCUUCUGCUGCUCGCGUUAUACGCGUACCGGAAGUAGUCAGGUGGAAUGCCGGAAAUCCUUUUUGUUGACCAUCGGAUGUUUGUUUUUCGGGCCCUGUCUUGAACUAUUCAUUUGUUGUUUUUGUGUGAUUUCUUGUAUUGAAUUCUGGCGCGUUGACAAUAGAGUAAUUACUCGUGUUGGACUGGAGGGCUCCGUAUAGACACCGAAUCAUUGUAGUCGGGCCCGAGGCUGGGCUAACUUUAGCCUAGCAUUCAGUGAAGUCCUGCUAGCCAGCGUUAGCUUGUGUUAGCUGUCAGUCUAGCCGGGUUAAAAGUCAGCUGUUCACUCACCUAGCUUAUUCAUAAGUACGGUGGAAAACACAACGCGAAAACCAUGGCUGUUGUCAACGAAGGUGCCCUGAAGAAAAUGCUGAAGCAAUACAAAUACAGAGAUCUGACUGUCCGUGAGAUAACCAAUGUCAUCUCCCAGUACAAGGACUUGAAGCCAGUCAUGGAUGCUUAUGUGUUUAAUGAUGGUUCCACAAGAGACCUGAUGAGUCUGACAGGAACUGUCCCAGUGAGCUACAGAGGAAAUAUCUACAACAUACCAGUGUGUCUGUGGCUGCUGGACACAUAUCCCUACAACCCUCCCAUAUGUUUUGUUAAACCUACCAGUGCCAUGAUGAUCAAAACUGGCAAACACAUCGAUGCCAACGGCAAGAUCUAUCUGCCUUAUCUACAUGAGUGGAAGCAUCCUCAGUCAGACCUGUAUGGUCUGAUUCAGGUGAUGAUUGUGGUUUUUGGAGAGGAGCCUCCUGUGUUUUCUCGCCCCACCACACAAGCCCCCUAUCAACCGUUCCAAGCAGCUGGACCCCCUAAUCCUUCCUAUAUGCCUGGCAUCCCUGCAGUCUCCCCCUACAGCCCAAAUCCUAACCCAGGAGGCUAUCCGGGAUACCAAUACCCAGGGGGCAACUCGUACCCGGCCACUGCUGGACCUGCACACUACCCCACCCAGACUCCAGUUUCCACAGUGGGCCCAAACCGAGAUGGCACCAUUGGCGAAGACACCAUCCGUGCAUCUCUGAUAUCAGCUGUGAGUGACAAGCUUCGCUGGAGAAUGAAAGAGGAGAUGGACAGAGCUCAGGCGGAGCUGGACGCCCUGAAGCGAACAGAGGAGGAUCUGAAGAAAGGGCAUCAGAAACUGGAGGAGAUGGUCUCAAGACUGGACCAGGAAGUGUCUGAGGUUGACAGGAAUAUCGAGCUGCUGAAGAGAAAGGACGAGGAGCUGAGCGAUGCCUUGGAGAAGAUGGAGAACCAGUCAGAGAACAAUGACAUUGACGACGUCAUCGUGCCCACAGCUCCGCUGUACAAACAGAUCCUGAACCUAUAUGCUGAAGAAAACGCUAUUGAGGACACUAUCUUUUACCUUGGAGAAGCCCUUCGCAGGGGUGUAAUAGACCUGGAGGUUUUUCUUAAGCAUGUUCGCCUUCUGUCCAGGAAGCAGUUCCAGCUUCGUGCCCUCAUGCAGAAAGCGCGCAAGACUGCCGGUCUUAGUGACCUCUACUGACCCAGACUACCAGGAAACAUUCAUAUUUUCACGCUCUCUUACUCAAACCUCUUCCUCUGUUUUAUUCCCCUUUUUUAAUGUCUUCUUGGAGCUGUCCUUUUUUUUAAAAUCUCAAUAAAAUCUCUUCUUGUGAGACGGAAACAAAAAAAACAAUUAUUUAAAAACACAAGAAUCAUGAAGAACUGAGCUGUCCUGUGUUGCCACCGUUCUGAUGGGAUAUAAUUGGUAUUUUGAUCUGACCAAAUACUUCAUUGAGAUAAUUAGCAGUCGUGGCCCUUUCGCACCAAUAAUAAUACAAACCACUGUGGCCACAUUGUGAGCCAGGAACUAAAACAUGCUUAACGCUCAUGCCAUGUUGGUAAAAGUGAGGCCUAUUCGGUGUUUGCCCUGAGUGUUUGUGGGUUGGCCCACAGUGAGUUAGUGUGUCGACCUGUAUAUAUGUUGCAGUGCAGGGGAACCCACCGUUCUGUUUGCUGUUACUUUUACAGACAAAGUCAUUUGGCUAGUAAGCACAAAUUGUUUGGGGCUAGCAGAGGGACUUUGUAGAGAGCCCCAUAUGUCCACUCUCAUAUUGAAAAGGUUAGGCUCUGAUAUAAAUACCCAGGGCAACCUUUUUAGGAAGGACAUGGGGUUCUGCCUCAGGAUGUAAUGCUGCAUGAAGUCUGGGUCAUGUUCAGGAGCCAUGGAGUCAAAGGGAUCACUUUUCAUACAGUAGAGGUGAUGAUGAACAUUGACAUGGAACUGUAAUUCUUCACUCUCUUGUUUGAGUCUUUUAAUGGGCAAAAUGUCGAGCCACCUUUCCACUCGAUCACACUAUUAUUUGUACCGCCUGUUUCCCUGUGUCUCUUUACAAGGGUGUGAGAGGUUCUUUGUGUCAGCUGCUCAGGUUUGCCCUCCAGUCUGACCAGUCAAUCGUGUACAGUGGUUAAUUUACUCUGGACAGUGUCUCUGUUGAAGGUGGAUGAGUCUGAAUGGGCUUUGUUCGAAGGUAUUACAAAAGAAAUGCAGAUUUUGUUUCUUUUCUUUUCGGUCCACUUAUUCUCAGUUCUGCUGAGAGGGUUAGGUUUUCAGUAAAAUAAGGAAAAAGUUGUGAAUAUAGCCAGAGCAAAAAAAAGAUAUUGUACUAAUCAAAAUGUUAACUUAUGUAAAGUUUUCAAACAUGUCUCAUUUAAAUUAGCCUUUUACUAAAUGCACUUUGAAUUGUAUAAUAGAA